GGCGACGGCACGUUAAUCGCACGAUUUCUACCAGUUUCAGCACUUUCAGCGGGCACUUAGCAGGGCGUACGCGCGCUUACGACAUGGAUUGAUUCGAUAUAUAUGUUCUACAUCGAUAUGUUUUCGCCGUAGCGAAAUAACGCCCAUCGAGGAAUUAAUUUCGGGAAAAUAUUAUGAAUAUCAGUUUGAAAAAUCAAUGUCGAAUCGCUAGCUGGUAAAUCAAACUCGUUCGGAUUCGGUACGGUUUUUACGGUACUUGUUUUGUUUCGGUGCUCUCUCGCCUUCGUGCCAUUUCCAUGUUGCUAGCAGUGGAUUUUUUUUAGCUGAUUUUUAUUUAUUUGGUAUAUAUUUUUUCCGGGGAUAAGAGCGCUUCCGAGAAGGUGCAGGGGUUGCAAUUGGAAAGUUGCGUGUUUCGUGUUUAUAUGUUAUGUGAGUCAUUUGUGAUGUAAUGCCCUGUGCAGUUUGUCUGGGUUACUACAGGCAUUUGAUUAGGGCGCAUUCCGCCUCCAAGCGCGACAAACAACCCGGAGGCGGCGUCGAAACCGGCGCCAACAACGCCGACGACCUUCUCAACCUCGUUAGAAGGCUCUCCUACUCGCACACCGCCCCCCAUAAGCCGACGACGCCAGAAGACGCCGUCAGAGAUGCCGAACACGACGUGAAUAUGGGGGCGAACGUGAGCCGCCAUUCGGCGAAGGGACUGGGCCGGCGAUCGCAGUCGAGCGGCAGCAUAUGCAACGGCGGCGGCAGCGGAAGCGCCGGCAAAGGCGGCAGACAUCCCGACGGGAAGAUCUGCAGCAGCCUGCCCAGUUAUCUGGACGACAGAGACAAAAACGGCGCCUCGUGCAACAACAACCACCACAGGAAGCAUCCUUCAGACGACCAGGAGAGAAUACCGCCGCUGGGCGACAGCGCCCCGUUGCACUGGAAGUUCUCCGACACGCAAACCAUCUGCGAUCAGGGCUACGGGUCGGAACGGUCCCCCGAGGAGGAGUACCCGCCCCCGUUGGCCGGUCUGGAGCAGGAGGUGCUCCAAUGUCUUCAUCACUUAGAGCCUCACGCUUGCUAUCCUUUCAUCACUCCGGAUAGCACGUUCUUGGUGAAGCUGGUGAAGGGUUCGAGAGGAUUGGGUUUGAGCGUGACAGGUGGCAUCGACAGCACCGGAUCGUGGCCAGGCCUGAUCAGGAUCAAAAGGCUGUUUCCCCACCAACCGGCCUCGGCCUGCGGGCUGCUCAACGUCGGCGAUCUUCUGCUCGAAGCCAACGGGGUAGCCCUCACAGGUCUCACCAAUUACGAAGCACUGGAAGUCCUCCGCACCGCCCCGAAUCAAGUCGACCUGAAGGUGUGCCGCCCGCCUCCGGACGUCCUGAAUUGCGUGAGUCCCAUAUCAGAAGUACCUCCACCGCCUCCCAGAAGGGAACCCCCGAACACCCUCAAUUUGCCCGCCACAUCUUACGUCACUCCCGAAGACGAUCAAUACCAUGGGGAAUUUGAAAUUACGCUUAAAAAAAUCCAAGGGUCUCUUGGUUUUACGCUACGCAAAGAAGAUGACAGCGCGUUGGGUCAUUACGUGAGAGCGUUGGUUAGAGAACCGGCUCUAACCGACGGUAGGAUCAGAGCUGGUGAUAAAAUAAUAGCCGUAAAUGACGUUGAAAUAUGCCCUAUGUCUCACGAACAAGCCGUUCAAUUUCUACGUCAGUGCCCGGAUAUAGUAAAGUUGAGAUUGUACAGGGAUUCCGCGCAAACGCCCGUCGCGACGCUCUCGCCCACCGAAACCACCCCCAGGAAUUCCUUUUCGCGAAAGGCCCACUUAAGACAAGAAGCUAUGGACAUGCUCAACGACCUCGCCGGUCGCAAGCUAGUGGGAAUGGCGUCGUCGGACGCCUACGAGCCGCCUCAGUCGCCUACUUCCUCGCUGCGGCGGCGCCAUCGCCGCCCCCCGGCCCCGCCGGCGCCUCCCCAGCCCGAACAGGACUACCAACUUGCCGGGCAAAGCGACGAUUACGUCGACUAUCAGGAGCAGUUCCACGAGGGUAUGAUCCAGAUAUGUCCUAGGCCAUUCGACGAUGACAUAUACAGCUCGUUGUUCACCGACGAGCCCGAGGAAGAGGGCGACGAUAAACCCAACAGGCCGAGUUCGUUGGAAUUGUACAAUCCGAACCAGACGCCUGUCGCCUGCAGGAAGCCCAGGUUCAAUUUCUCCUUGGCUCACAACGCCUACGAGCUGAACAAUCUCGACGCGGAAGUAUUGGACGCGCCUAAUUUGACCUACAAUUUGUCAGGCAAUGAAGACGUCAAGACAUCCGAUUCCGAGAUACAGGAACCCGUCAGUAUGCCCCACAUUUCCACGACCAACGGCCAUUUCAACCACAAACAUCCCGCUUACCAAUCGGCCCAUCCUCAAAUCGGCACCGAUCACGCGCCCGCCCAACCUCCAACCCAAAUCCAACCGGCCAAAUCAACCGCCCCUCCUGCUGAUGGUACCGCCGAUGGUACCUUGAAGAGAAGGAAGAACAACACAGCAGCGGCGGUCGAAACCAAACGCCACCUGUCUCAUGCCAUGCCCAUGAAAGAAGAAUACGAGGUGCUGGCUAUCGAGUUGAACAGGGGCUGGAACAGCCGAUUGGGUUUCAGUUUGCAAGGGGCGGCUGGGGUGACGUACGUGAGCGCCGUGUACCCGGAUAGCGUGGCCUCAAGGGACGGCAGAUUGAAGCCCGGUGAUCGGCUGAUCAAGGUGAACGACGAGAGUAUAGAGCACAUGUCGACCAGCGAAAUCAUUGAUUUGUUGCGUAUAGUAAGAGGCCCGGUGUGCAUAGUCAUAUCGAGGGUUAAAACGACUGAAGACUGUCUAAAAAGCAAUGCAGAGAAUUGAGCUAAACCCUAAUUAGUACAACAUGAUUUUUAUUAUUAUUAUUAAUUAAUCUAAUAUGUGUCUAUCAAGCAUUGAAUUAAUUUAAAGUCGCUGGAUAUGUCUAUUUUUUCAUUUGAUACCUGAUAUAUUAAGUGACUUUAUCCACUCGAGUUAUACGCUACGUUAUUUAUUAUUAAUAUGUAAGAGUUUUUAAUAAUUAUUUUUAAAAUGUCCUUUGUGGAAUGGAUGAAUAUUGUUCUGUUUUUCAGUUAUAUAAAUUUAAAAAAAUGACUUAUGAUUUGUGAUAGGUUACUGUUUUGAGAGGUAUCUUAAUUAUUUCUCACAACUGCUUGAAAUAUAUGUGAUUAAAAAUACUAUUUUGUAAAAUAAUGUUUUGUUGAUAUUAUGCUCGAAUUUUUAGAUUUUACGUAUGUUUUAACUAGUCCUUAUAGGGUAAAUUCCAGUCAAUAAAUUUUAGCAAAUUUACUUGCAAUAAAAAAAAUUUAAAUCUCUUUUUCCCAUUAAAUAAAAAUAUAAAUAUGGGCACUGGAAAUAAUAUGUAAUCUGUGCACACAAAGCUUCAGGCUUGUUUGAAAAUAUAUCUCACUGGAAAUCAAACUCUCGAAUUCAAAAUGUCAAAAAUUUUGAGUUUUUUGAGCGGAUUUUGUCUCGAUUUAUUUGUUGAACAUUUGAGAACGAGAAUUUUAUUAUAGGCCUAAUUUAUUUAGAAAAUUCAUUAGUAACUAUUACCUACUAUUCAACUUAUACAAAAUUUCCCUGUCUAAUAGUUUUUCAGAAAAUUACGAGACAUUCUCCUUCUUAAAAUCAAACAUUCUGUAUAUUUACAUAAUGAUUUAUGCUUGCAUUGUUGACAGAUUUGAAAUGUCUUAGAUUUGAUGAAAAAUGUAUUUCAGAAAAAUGCAAGAAAAAUCCUAUUUUUCAAAUAUGAAAAAUAAAUAACUUUGGUAUUUUCGCCAGAGUUACACUUACAUUCUAAAUUUUUGCCUCAAAUAGGAGACGUGUUAUAUUUUGUAAAACGUGUAAAAUCAAAAAAAAACAAUAAAAACUUAGAGAAAUAUAUAAGAAAAUUGUAAACACUAAACAAAAUAAUAGAAUUGUAAUUUCAUGAGUAAGUAUCAAUGAUUUUGAGUUUACCGUGUGAUGAAAGAUGAUUUCACAUUAAAAAAAUUCAUGUUAGGCAAGAUAAAACUUGUCGAAUUUCCUUUUUCCAAUAAAUCUAAGCUUUAGGCAAAUUUUUAAAAAGAUUAAAGUUUAAAGUUUUCUCUAUACGCUGAGCCUACAUUUAAUCUUCUAUCACAACUCAUCACACUGCAAAUUCGUAUUUAGUGAUAGUCUAAUAAAAAAAAAUUAGAAACAACUAUAAAAGGCUAAAAACAUUAUCGAUUAGUGUUCUAUUUUAAUUCAUUUUUUCCUUAUCGAAUGUUAUCAGCACGUUUUCUUAGAAAAUAAUGGAAUUAUAAAACUAAAUACCAAUCCAAUAUUGAAUUUUUUUAUGUUCGAUUAGAUGUUAAAAUGUUUUAACAUCAUAUUUGUUCAUUGUUACUCACUGAAUAAAAAAUACCAUGUAUAUAGUUUUUAGGAGGCUGCAAUGUUUUUGUUUUGAACUGAAACCAAAGAUAAAAAUAAAUAUAAUGUUGAAUUCUAUCUUUAGUUUUUCUUAUUACAAGGUUUAUAAAGUCUCAUCAUAGGUUUUUAAAUUGUCAGAAAAAAAGAAAAGAUUUUUUUUGUUACGUUUCUAUUUUCACUUUCGCAGCUAUACUUUUUGUCUUCUUUUUCUUUUUUAUUUUACCACAUUCAGCAACACCCUCGCUUUCUUGAACCUCCUCUUUAAUUACUUUAAUUACAUCCUUCGAAUCGGAAGAAUCCUCACUAAAACAAAACGAAUUAUAAAUUAUUAACCAUCUUACUACAUCUCACCAAUUAAAAAAAAUACUCACAUCAAUUUCCCUCUGAUAUAAGGCAAAUACGAAGACAUAUUAAUAAACAAUAUCUGAAACGUAACUUCUUCUCCUAUCUUAAUAUCUACCCUUUCGUCCCUGAUUGGUAUGGAAACAUUAAAAGCUUCGUAAACUAACACACCCAAGUGGUCUUUACUCUUCCUUUUUACGACCCCUUGCAUCACCUUUCCAAGCUCUGGUUUAAACACAAAGAAGUCCACUUCUACAUCGAAGUGUAUGUAACAAGAAUCGUUGAAAAUUGAGCCUCCAUCUUUGAGUAAUUUAACGUUUUGAUGCCCUAAUAGAAUUCCAUUGCAG